AUGGAAGGAUUGGCUGAUCGUCUUCAGCGGAUUGAAUCAAAAGUUGAUACGUUGGCGACAAAGGUGGAUCUAUUGAUCUCAGUGAAGGGUAAGAGAGUUCAUGUCAAGAAGUCUAUAAAGGCCAAGGCAGAGAUCAGUUCCUCUGAGGAUGAAUUAUCUUCUUCUGAUGAGGAUUCUAAGGACAAAUCUGUCGCAAGUGUCAAGGUGGCUGCUAAAGUUUCUUCUUCAUCCGAAUCAGAUGACGAGGAAAGUGAUCAAGGUGAAAAAGUUGAGCAGAGAAUGGCUAAUGCAGAUAUAAAGAUUGGCGUUGUUAGCAAUAGUGGCCGUUGGCCUUUUGGAGGUCGUUUUUCAGGUGGUCGUUGUGGCGGUCUGGGGCGUUGUGGCCGCUGUUAA